UAAGUUAACAGCGCAACGAUGGUCAGAAAGAUGCUACGUUGCAGACAUGUUAUACGUCAGAUUCAGGUUCCACUACUACGUCCUCACUCCACUGGUUCGAAACCGCCCGGCGGUGAUGACCCAAACGACCUGCAUCCCAUACGUCGCACAUUUCGCCUGCUAGGCAAGGAUAUGCGAAAGAUUAAGGAGUUCUUUGUGCCCAAAGAAGAUCAAUUUGAUAGUGAGAACAAGCCCCAGCCUAUAGCUACAAGCAAUAAAUUUAACUUUAGCGGUGACAAGGGCAGCAACGAUGAAUUCCCAACACAUUGCGACGUCCUCAUCAUUGGAGGGGGAGGAAUGGGCAGCUCCAUUGCCUAUUGGCUCAAACAGAAGGCGCGCGAUGGUCUCAAUGUAGUUGUUGUUGAAAAGGAUAUCAAGCACGAGAAAUCCGCAACUCGUGUGUCCAUCAAUGGGCUGUCCCAUCAUUUCGCAUUGCCAGAAACAAUACAAAUGUCUUUGUUUGCUGCGGAUUUUCUGCGCGAAGCGCCGGAACACUUUGGCACCGAUAUACCUAUUAAAUAUAUGCCAUAUGGACAUCUUGUGCUUGCCGGUGAGGAGGAUGCGGAGAUGCUGAAGCAGACAUCACAGCUGCAAAACGAGCUCGGGGCACGCAAUGAGUUGCUUACAAAAGAUCGCUUGGCCUCCAAGUUUCCUUGGCUAAACACCAAAGGCAUCGCGCUCGGCUGUUAUGGGCAGGAACGUGAAGGUUGGUUUGAUCCCUGGGCGCUCCUAGCCAAUUACAAACGGGCUGCCCAAGGCUAUGGCGCGCAUUUCGUGCAUGGCGAAGCUGUCGCCUUUGAGUUUGUAAGCCAAGCCGAUAUUAUAGUAACUAACUCCGAGAAGGGUGGCUAUCAGAGCCUGGACAAGGUGAUCAUCCAGCUGCCAGGUGGGGCGAAGCGCUCCAUUAAAUUCGCUCUAUGCGUCAUCGCAGCGGGCAUAAAAAGUGGGGAUGUAGCACGCCUAGCACGAAUUGGCCUUGGCGAAGGAGUGCUGCAUCUGCCCUUGCCCAUAGAUGCUCGCAAGCGUUACAUGUACAAGAUAAACACCCAGGAUCAGAGUGCUCCCGGCAUGGCAAUGCCCAUGGUUGUGGACGCAACGACAGGCACCUAUAUCCGUCGAGUGGGCUUGGGCGGCGACUACGUGUGCGGGCACAAUGCGUUACCUGGCGAAAAAAUGAGUUCCGAUAAUUUAGACGUGGAUCCGACGUACUUCAAUGAGAAUAUUCUUCCCGCGCUGAUCGAGCGUGUGCCCGCCUUCGUGAACGCCAAGGUAGUCAAUAGCAUGGCCGGCCUUUACGACUACAACGUGUACGACGAUAAUGGUAUCUUGGGACCGCAUCCUUACUAUCAUAAUCUAUACAUUGCCAGCGGCUUCAGUGGGCAGGGCAUACAGCAGACCCCAGCACUGGGUCGAGCCAUCUCUGAACUCAUUAUGGACGGACAAUUCCGCACAUUGGACUUGUCUCGGUUAGGAUUUGAUCGACUUAUUGUUGACAAACCCAUGUAUGAGUUUAAUGCUUUAAAUUAAAAUGUAAUUUAUUGUAUGUGGCCUUUUAAAGAAAAAUCCAAUCCAAAAUUUAGCUAGGAAAAAAUCAAUAAACAAAAAGUCGAACUAUUUAAA